UGAAUGGUUUGGGAUUUGUUGAACAGUCAUUUAAAGCUGGAUUCAUUGGUGUCAAUAAUUUAUAGGCUGAUGAUGACCAGGAAUACUGUUGGCAAUCAGAAGAAAACAGCAAAAAAAUGAAAUGGAAAUUGUAUUAAAAAACUCGGUAGAAAUAUCGACCAAUCUACCAACCCAGCAAAAGCACAAGACAAAAAAUUUUCCUGAAAGCUGAGUUGGGUUUCAGUAAACAGUUUCUUACCAGUCGUGAGUUGCCAGUUGCCAACAAGGCGCAACUCUAUAAUCAGAUGACCCAGACACGACAUAAGACAUUCACGUUUAUCUGCCCGUAAACUCUCUCUUGUUUGCUUACUGUGUUCGGUUCCAGCCAAACUCCAAGUGCUUUAGCUUUGUAAUAUUAAUACACAAUCUCUAAUAGGCGUCUGGUGGAGAGCUGCUCAAAAUUGAAAUCUCUGUUACUAGUCAAUAACAGAGAAAAUGAGUUUCAGAGAAGAAGCAGAAGAUGGAAAUUUACGGAAGCCAUUCUUGCAUACUGGGAGCUGGUACCGUAUGGGUUCAAGGCAAUCCAGUAUGAUGGGAUCUUCUCAGGUCAUUCGUGACAGCUCCGUCUCUGUUUUGGCUUGCGUUCUUAUUGUGGCUUUGGGUCCUAUUCAAUUCGGUUUCACCUCUGGUUAUUCAUCACCAACACAAGACGCAAUCACUGAGGAUCUUGGACUCACUGUUUCGGAGUUUUCUUGGUUCGGUUCUUUAUCUAAUGUGGGUGCUAUGGUUGGGGCAAUAGCUAGUGGUCAGAUUGCUGAGUAUAUUGGGCGAAAAGGGUCUUUAAUGAUUGGUUCGAUCCCUAAUAUCCUUGGAUGGCUUGCAAUAUCUUUUGCCAAAGAUUCAUCAUUUCUUUACUUGGGCCGACUGUUGGAAGGUUUUGGUGUAGGAAUUUUCUCUUAUACGGUGCCAGUAUACAUAGCCGAGAUAGCGCCUCAGAACUUGAGAGGAGCCUUGGGUUCAGUGAAUCAGCUCUCUGUCACCAUUGGAAUAUUGCUGGCUUAUUUACUGGGACUUUUUGUUCAAUGGAGAAUACUUGCAGUACUAGGAAUACUGCCAUGUUUAAUAUUGAUACCUGGCCUGUUUUUCAUUCCCGAGUCUCCACGUUGGCUGGCAAAAAUGGGUAUGACAGACGACUUUGAAUCUUCUUUGCAAGUUUUGCGGGGAUUUGAUACUGAUAUAUCAAUUGAAGUGAAUGAAAUAAAGAGGGCUGUAGCAUCAUCAACCAGAAGAACAACUAUCCGAAUGGCAGAACUCAAACAGAAAAAAUAUUAUUUACCUUUGACGAUUGGAAUUGGACUACUUAUAUUUCAGCAGCUUAGUGGAGCAAACGCUGUUGUAUUCUAUUCCAGUAGCAUUUUUGAAUCUGCCGGGAUCACAUCAAGUAAUGUAGCUACCUUAGGGAUAGGAGCUAUUCAGGUAAUUGCUACUGCAGUAGCUACAUGGUUGGCCGACAAAGCAGGCCGUCGGCUUCUUCUUAUUAUUUCCUCUAUUGGAAUGACAGUGAGCCUCCUAAUUGUUGCGGCUUCAUUCUAUGCAAAGGAUUUCAUAUCAGAAGAUUCUGGUAUUUAUAGUGUACUGGGCAUAUUUUCAGUAGUUGGAGUUGUGGCCAUGAUAAUUUUCUUCUCUCUUGGGAUGGGCCCUAUUCCUUGGGUUAUAAUGUCUGAGAUUUUUCCAAUCAAUAUCAAGGGCCUUGCCGGAAGCGUUGCUACCCUUUUCAACUGGCUCUCUGCCUGGGUGGUUACAAUGAGUGCAAACCUUCUACUGACUUGGAGCCCUGGAGGAACCUUUACCAUAUACAUGAUCCUUAGUGCUGUUGCUGUGGCAUUUGUGAGCUUUUUGGUCCCUGAGACAAAGGGGAAAGGUCUGGAGGAAAUUCAGAGGUCCUUCAGAUGAAUUCUCUUCUUCUUCAUUUGUAUUAUAUUAUUAUUAUUAUUCAUUUUUAAAAUUUUUUUUUUUUCUCAAAGGAGGGAAUUCUGGCAAUUCCCCUUUUGAAAUUUAUCCCUAAGAACUGGAUGAUGCAAAAUUGUAACAGAUUUCCUAGUCAGUAUAAAUGAAGGCAUGCUAUAUUUUGUGCUCAA